GACAGCAAAUGUUUAUAUUCAGCAGCACAGAAUAGUUGUACUUGUCCACAUUGUCUCACUUUCUUGAUUUGCUGACCCAAAAAAUAGUUGAACCCCACAAACAAAAUCUCCGCUAAUUCCCAUUACUAUGAUUUGCCGGAAAAUUAAUCAGGGUAAGCUCCGGAAUUCCUUCCGGCAGAGUAUUUGCCGGUGGUUUCAGUCUUCUGUUGCACCGGUGGCAGCUCCGAUGACACCUGUUAGUACUGUAAGCAGCAGUGGCAAGAAAAUUCAGUCUCAACUUCAUUUCUUUGGAAACUAUACGACACCGUUUUGCUCAUUUAAGUCGAAUGUUUCCUUUCCUCUGAGAGGGUGUAGUUUUUCAACUCAAGCUGCAUUGGAUCUUUCUACUGGUGGGGUAAUUGAUGUACCUUUGGCGCAAACUGGUGAAGGCAUUGCUGAAUGUGAACUUCUCAAAUGGUUUGUUCAUGAGGGGGACCAGGUUGAAGAAUUUCAACCUCUUUGUGAAGUUCAGAGUGACAAGGCAACCAUUGAAAUAACAAGUCGUUACAAAGGAAAAAUUUCUCAAAUUCUUCAUGUUCCCGGCAACAUUGUAAAGGUUGGAGAAACACUUUUGAAGAUCGCCGUUGAUGACAUUCCUGAGCCUGCUGAGACUUCUGAUGCUUCAGAAAAGAUGACAUCGCUGGACUCUGAUUUUAUUGGCUCAAGUGAUAUCAGUUCCGUGCCCGAAAAAUCCAAGAUUGAUGGAGUGUCAUCUACACCUGCUGUCCGCAAUCUUGCAAAGCAGUAUGGUUUAGACAUAAAUGAUGUGCCUGGAACUGGUAAAGAUGGAAGGAUACUUAAAGAGGAUGUUACAAAUUAUGCAAUGCAAAAAGGACUAAUUAAUGAAGCACUAGAAUGUGCACAACAAAAACAUUCAGAGGUUUCAUCUCUCAUUGGAGGGGGAUAUGAAGAUAAGACACUUCAGCUAAGGGGAUACCAGCGUGCCAUGGUUAAGUCAAUGACAUUAGCUGCGAAAAUUCCACAUUUUUAUUUUAUAGAAGAGAUGAAUUGCGAUGCACUUGUGGAGCUCAAAAAAUCAUUCCAGAAUGAGAAUUCUGAUCUGGAGAUCAAGCACACUUUCCUUCCUGUCCUAAUAAAAUCACUUUCCAUGGCUUUAACUACUCAUCCCAUGCUAAAUAGUUGCUUCAGUGAGGAAUCCUAUGAGGUCAUCCUAAAAGGGUCCCACAACAUUGGAAUAGCAAUGGCUACUCCAAAUGGUUUGGUUGUUCCAAACAUAAAAAAUGUUCAGUCUCUCUCAAUCUUGGAGAUAACAAAGGAACUGUCACGACUGCAGAAAUUGGCUAAGAUAAACAAGCUUACUCCUGAUGAUAUAUCAGGGUCAACUAUUACUCUAAGCAAUAUUGGAGGAAUCGGUGGAAAGUUUGGUUCCCCACUUAUAAAUUCACCUGAAGUUGCCAUCAUAGGAUUUGGCCGGAUUCAGAAAAUUGCACAGUUUGCUGAAGAUGGGGAUGUAUAUCCUGCAUCAGUCAUGACGAUAAAUAUAGGUGCAGAUCAUAGAGUUCUUGACGGAGCAACUGUUGCGAGGUUCUGCAAUGACUGGAAAAAAUUUGUUGAAAAGCCAGACCUCCUGCUGUUGCACACAAGAUGAAUUCUCGUCCCUGGAAGUUGAUCGGAAAGAAUGUAAGUCUAGUCUAAGCUAAAGGCUCAUAUUGUUGGUGCCUUCCUUCUCAUUGUUGGUGCAAAGAUCAAUUGGAGCUUAUAGGUGUCUUGAAAGAAAGAAUCACUAAUCUAAUAAACCACAGUGUUAGCAUUCAAUGCAACCAAGUUAUUAUCUAUAUAGCUGUUGCAACAUUUCCUCUAAUUUUUUGCUGUCAUUUGUGGUAGUCAGCUUCCUCUUCUAUAAAAUGUUAGACCUGCAAACAUUGUUCAAGUUAAAGGAAAUUUUCUUACUAGUAAAUCCGUUGCAUAA